AUGGCCAACCAUGAGCUGCUGACCGACGAUUACGUCGCAGAGCUCCUGGCAAAGGAUGCCCAAGACUGCUCGUUGAAGUAUUCGGCCAUGGGGAUGGAAGCCUUUCGCUCAAACAAAAAGCCCGCGAACCUGCCGAAACCCAACACCCGAUUCCUCCGACACAUCAUCAAGGACACCGAUACUCACAACAAGGCGCUACUCGCGAAGGAAGCCGCCGAAUCAAAGGCUCGGUUGGAGGAUUUAGAGCAUUCGGAAGAAGUGAAGCGACUGAAGAGCAACCCAAAUACACAUGAUAUCAGACGGCGACAGCUAGGCGAUAUCCAUGCGAUCCUGGGAGGCAAGAGGCGGAGGCGGACCGAGGAUGGCGAGUCGUCCUCGGGGAGUCGAGACUCUCGAAGACACAGGAGUGGGGCCAGCGGCGAAAGUAGUCACAAGACACAGUCGAAGGAUUUAAUCAAAGACCGUCAUGAUGAUAGGAGACAACAUGGGAGGUUAGAUGAUGACUACGACAACCACGGCGACCGGACACGCCGAGAAUCGGGACGACCAAGAAGGAGGGAACGUGAUCGCGAUUCCGGUUCAGAUGAUGAGGGACAUCGCCAUAGUCGAAGGAGAAGACACAGGUCUCGCUCGCCGGACUACCGGCGGAGGUCACGAUCUAGAGAGAGACGGAAACACCGACAUAGGAGUCGCUCCCCUCUCGUGAGAGACACAUCUACGAAGCGACAGGGAAAAUCUCCGCAGAGAGAUUCGGACUCUGCAGAUGAACUUGUCGGCCCAAUGCCAGCUCCCCAGCCUCGGGGCCGAGGUGCUUUGGCGGGGUCCUCGGGCAUAGAUCACCGAUUCUCGGAGACCUACGACCCCAAGACCGACGUGCAGAUGGAUGAGGAGGAGGGCGGAGACUGGGAUAAUGCUCUCGAAGCUUUCAGGGACCGACAGAAACUGAAACAAAAUCAAGAAGCGCGGUUGCGAUCUGCUGGCUUCGGAGAAGCACAGAUUCAAAAAUUGCAAGCUGGAGGUGAGAAGCUUGCGGAGGAUGUGAGAUGGUCCCAAGCUGGGGAGAAGAGGGUUUGGGAUAGGGGAAAGGAAGAUGAUUUUGACAUUAACCCGUGA